UUUAUAAAAACAUUGAAUUUCACGUGUUUUAAUGUUUUUUUAUAAAAAUAUUGAAUUUCACGUUAAAAAAUCAUAAUAUAAUAUAUGUUAUUUUUUUUUCUGACUUCAAUUACAAUUGUUUUUUAUUUUUCUUUAUAAGUAACGAGGAGAGAAAAAAUCGAGCUAUAAUAUCUCCAAAUAAUGUUUUCCAUUUUUUGCAACAUAAUUCGACUGUAGCAAGAUGAAAAGUAACAAAACUGUAAUCAAAGAAAACUUCUUCUGAAUUCUUUGUUUAAUUACGAACCUGGUUUUUCCCAUUUCUCUUAAAAGGUUAAUAUUUUGUUUUUAAAAAACAAUAAACAAAAAAAGGUAAUGUUAUUAUUUUUUUUAUCAUUAAAGUUAAUAUUAACAUACAUUAAGAUUGCUAAGGACAGGCGAAGCGAAAUGAACAUACAUGUGACAAUGCAUAUGACAAUCAUUGUGAUAAUUGUAAAAAAAUAGUUACUUUAAAUGCUGAUGGAAACCAACACUUUUUAUGAUGCAAUGUAACGGCAAUUAUCUUGAGUAAACUAAAACAAAAAAAACUUUUAUGAUUCUAUUCGAAAACUCAAUACGCCUCAUUGGAAAAAAAACUUAUUAUUUAUUAUGACCAAGAUGCCGCGCGGGAACGAGAAAAAAUACCUUCAAUUCCUUGAGUUAUAUAAAAAAGCAUAUUCAACACUUGAAAAACAAAAGCAGUAUCAGCAAGCACUAGAGUUGUGGAAAAUAGUAAAAAACAAUGAAUCCUUGUAUGAAAAAAAAAUAAAUGAGUUAAAAGAGAAAGUAACAAAGUCGAAAGUAUCACUUAUGUCAUUCUGGGGAAACACCAUUUCACCACCUAGCAAAAAGAAAAAAGAUAUCCAUCCAGCGCCGUCUUCGUUAAAUGAAACACGAAGUUUCCUAAAUGCAACUACGACAGAACCUGCAAGGAUUGAAAUUAAUUUAACAGACAACAAAAAAGAAAGAGAAAAUCCGGCACAAGUUAGGAGUCGAAAGAAAAUCUCAGAUCUUGAAUCACAACGUGCAUCCUUGAUAGUCGUACAUGAUUCUGGUUUAUCUACCGUAACAAAGGAACAAAUAAACACUGUGAAAGAAACCAUAAGAAAAGAAAAAACAAAAUUGGACAGAUUGAUUCGUGAAUCAGCUCGUCAAAGAAAACGAAGACAAAAACUUAAAGAGAGCAUCGAAACUGUGUGUCAGAACAUCCCUGAAGCAUCAAGUGCUUUGAAACAGUUUAGUCGAAACCAUACUGGACGACCACGUCUCGAAGUUGACCAACCAGAGCUUUUAUCAACAAUUAUAAAAAUUGUGCAAAAUUUAUCAGCAGCUGACGAACGUCAAAGAACAGAAUGUCUCCGUAGCGUCUCCACUUUAGAUGACCUUCAGGAAGAGUUGACAAAGAUAGGCUUUACCUUGAGUAGGAGUGGUUUGUACCUUCGUCUUUUACCACGACGUGGAAACACUUCUGAAGGAAAAAAACAUGUCAGCACAGUUCCAGUAAAGCUGUUACGUCCAGAAAACUCAAUGCGAAAAAAAAAUGACGAUAGAAUGUUUGCCAAAUCAUUCAUUGACGACAUGUUCGAAGUUUGCAAAUUGUUUGGACCAAAAGCUGUGCUUUUCAUUUCCAACGAUGAUAAAGCCAGGGUCUCAUUGGGUAUUGCUGCAGCAAGCCUUCAAGCGCCGUUGCUGAUGCAUAUGGAAUACAAGGUCAAACUCAUGGAUCACGAUUUUGUCGUUAGCUCACAGCACAAAUUGAUCCCAUCAGUGUAUGGCGUAUGCGAAGUUAACAAUACUGGAAAUGUAUCAUACAGUGGGGACACUUUCAUACGCAUAAGAAGUGCGAAACACGAUACAUCAAAUGCUUUUACACAUGCUUUUGAUGUUAGAGAGCUUUUUAAAACCGAGUUGGUUAAACGUAGACCAAUUAUGUUAAUGGAGACUGAUGGAGCUCAGGAUGAAGCACCACGUUUCCCUAAAACCUUAGCAACUGCUGUUGACCUCUUUCGCUUGCUUAAUUUAGAUGCCCUUCUUCAUGGUGUGAAUGCAGCUGGCCUUUCAGCCUUUAACCCCGUAGAACGAAGAAUGGCACCUCUUUCUCGUGAUUUGGCUGGAAUAGUCCUUCCUCAUGAUUUUUUUGGCAAUCACCUUGAUUCUUCUGGAAAAACAAUCGACUAUGAAUUGGAGGUAGAGAACUUUCAAAAAGCGGCUGACGUUUUAUCCCAAGUUUGGGAGAAAACCGUCAUUGACGGGUAUCCUGUUCAUUGCCAGGCUGUACCAGUUGGGAAAGCAUAUGAACCACCAAUUCCAGAUCCUGUUUGGGUAGACAAACAUUGUCAGCAAUCGCGAUACAGCCUACAAAUCGUAAAAUGCCAAGAGGAGUCAUGUUGCACACCGUUUGAAACAAACUGGCUGAAAAACUUCCCCCAACGUUUCAUUCCAUUUCCGGCAAUCUACGAAUACUGCGAGAAUGGUUACAAAGCAAUGGAACCGUCUCGAUAUUUAAAAACGUAUCAAAACAAUCAACGUUUGCUACAUGAUAUACCUAUAGAAGGAUUAAAAUACAAAAUUAUACCAUUUGAUCUGUAUCGCCCAUCGUUAAAGGAAAAGCUCUCAAACGGAAUUUGCGACAAGUGCAAUAAAUACUGGCCAAGCGAGGCUGCAAUGAAACGGCACAAGAAAGCACAUACACAAAAAAAAAACACGGUUGAAAUGGAGAGUGAGGAUAGUGUAAGUGACAGUGAAUCUAUUAAUAAAAGUGAAGAUAUCAGUGAGGAGAUUGAUUAUAAAAGUGUGGAAGCAGAGUUCAUGCCUGUAUUUGAUAACAUAUUUGAUUUAUUUAAGUCACCAUUUGAGGAAAUAUGAAAUAUAAAUACUCGCAACAAGAA